AUGUGGACAGAUGCAGCGACUACCAGGUUAACUCUGAAUGCCAUCAGAUGCAUUGUCCUUGUUUGUUUCCUGCUGCCGUUUUUCUUCAUUAGUUACGCAACUGUUGCACUCUCUCGUCAGCUGUGGAUUAUUAUCCUGUUUUGGCGCUACCCAUGGUUGAAAAGGACAAAAAUACACGGCAUCAAAAGCUUCGUCGAUCGAUCCCGCAACCCCGAAGUUUUGUGCGUGCUGAUGGAGAUGGAAGGAGAAAUUGAUAUUGUGCAACUGAGGGAAGAGUUUUUGCAUCAUAUUAGCGAUUGCAGCAGCAACCACAUGCGACUUUGUCUACCGCAGUUCAUACUCCCGUUCAUGUCUUGCUGGAACAAAUAUACGUGGUUAAAAGGAACCAGCAGUGCAGAUGAACACAUAAUAUUGGCCCCAGCCAUACAACGGGGAAGACCAAUGAAGGAAUUGAUGUGUUUAUUAAACAUCACCAAUGCAACUACAAGCAGCAAAGAUAAAGAUUCAUUGGUAACGAGUGCAAACCCCGUUCUUCCGUGGCAAAUCGUAUGCAUUCCGGUAGUGAGUGAACCGCCUAAUGAAUGCAGAGAAAAUUGCGUUAUCUCCAAUUAUCUGCUCUAUGCGAUCGAUCUUAAACUGUUAAACGAAGCAGAGAAACGCAACCUAAGCUACAUCCCCUUAAACGGAUAUCUUGAACGAGCUGAGCCAAUGUGUAACAAUGUGUUUGCCAAACCUUACUACAUUCCGCGCCUGUGGAAUUACAUAUUUUCCUCCAUUCAUUACCGCUGGAACGAGUUCGUGUACCAACACGAUCCACUCGAAUCGCCUGACAUUGAUCGCAAGCAGUACACCGGUAUGGGUCAACUGCUUUCAGCAUUGUGCAUUUCCGUCGUGUACGUUUGUGGCGAUUUUGUGUGCUCGUUCCGCUCGAUCAAGGGUAGUCCGUUAGAUAAAAUCGAUUAUCUCCAACGGUUGAUAGAACGCGAAAUAGACAAGCGCAAUCUCACGAUUCGAACAAUCUGGGACACCUUCCUGCAGUCAAUCGAGCCGGUAAAUUUACUAAAAGAAGCGACAUUUUUCGUGUGGAAAAUUGGGGCCACAGUCACGCUGAUGGUGCCAUGGUAUGCAUGGAGAGAAACUGAAGCACUGCUGAUUUACAUUUCGAAAGGAACGCUCAAUAAUGACACGAUUGUGGGUUUCAUCAUCGAAUGUUUUCCAAUUUGCUAUGGUGUGGCACUGGAAUGCUUGCGGAUGUUGUGGCUGCUACUGGAAGUAAUCUUACAGCUGAAUGAAUAA